AUGUCGACAACGAAGUCUCAAGCCUUACCUGGCGUCGAUCUGGAGAAGCUUGACCAGGACGACGAUCAGAAUGCCGCUUGGUCUGAUGCCGAUGGUAGCGAUGUAGCAGUAGACACGACGGCUAUGGCUGGCUCGCAGGACGACGCUAUUAGACCUACAGCGAACCAUGGGAAGGCACUUAGUAUACGAUCGAAUGUGUUGUCUCGAGCUCUGACGAACAGAUCGACGACAUCGUGGAAGGACCCAGGACCGCCUCCCGAUGGUGGCAGGGCAGCGUGGACGCAGGCUGUACUACUGCAUCUAACGAUCUUCGUUACAUUCGGCUACACGACAGCGUUCGGGUCAUUCCAGACCUGGUAUGAGUCCACACUCAACGUCGCUCCAUCCACCAUCUCAUGGGUAGGCAGCGUCCAACUCUGGCUCCUGUUCUUCAUCGGCACUUUCUCUGGCCGAGCACUGGAUGCAGGAUACUUCCGUCCCGUCUACAUCGCAGGCUGCGUCAUGCAGCUCAUCGGCAUCUUCACCACUUCUGUCGCGACACAGUACUGGCAGCUCUUUCUCGCCCAGGGGCUUUGUAUGGGUAUAGCCAAUGGACUGCAGUUCUGCCCAACUAUGGCGCUGGUUAGCACAUACUUCUCAAGAAGGAGAGCUAUCGCGCUGGGUGUAGGGGCCUUGGGAUCGUGUACGGGAGGAGUUGUCUUCCCGAUCCUUGUCCAACAGCUUCUGCCGCGCAUUGGCUUCGGAUGGACGAUCCGGAUCAUCGGCUUCAUCAUGCUGAUAAUCGACAUCAUUACUGUUGCGCUGUACCGCACACGACUGCCACCACGACGAAGUGGACCGAUCAUCGAAUGGGCGGCAUUUAAAGAGGCGCCUUAUGUUUUGUUUUGCGGCUCAGCAUUUCUGUUCUUUUGGGGACUAUACUUCGCCUUUUUCUACGUCGGCUCUUUCGGUCGAAAUAAUCUAGGCAUGAGCUAUCAAGACUCCAUCAACCUCCUCCUUACCAUGGUCUGCAUGGGCUUCAUCUUCCGCCUCCUGCCGAACUACUUCGCCGACAGACUCGGGCCCCUAAACGUCCUCCUACCCUGGGUCUUCCUCUGCAGCAUCAUGAUGUUUGCCUGGAUCGGCGUCAAGACACCUGCCACUCUCUACGUCUUCGCAGCGAUAUACGGAGCGGGUUCUGCCGGUAUACAGAGUGUGUGGCCUGCUACAUUGGCGAGUCUGACGGAGGAUCUGAGUAAAGCAGGUAUCAGGAUGGGUAUGGGCUUUAGUCUUGUCAGCUUCGCCUGUCUGACUGGCCCGCCACUUGCAGGCGCGCUGAUACAGAUGCGAGACGGCGAUUAUCUGUACGCGCUGAUAUGGGCUGGCACUUCUUUCUUAAUGGGUGGUGUUCUGCUUGUAGCGGCGCGUGUUGCGAAGGCUGGGUGGCGAGUCAUGGUUCGGAUAUGA